AUGUUUGCAACGGUGUCUGCGCAUCGAAGCACUACAUUCGCAACAACAAUUAUAGCCACAACAACUCUCCAACAAGACCCAUACAAACUUCCACAACGCGGGAGGGAGUUGUCGCCCCAGCAGGAGCCAUCCCACCCGACGGUUCGCUCCCAAUACUCUGCGUACUACUCGCCACCGGCGUCGGGAAUUGUCCCUGUCCUAGCCUCACUCGACAAGCCAGACGUAGCAGAAGCAGAAUCUAUGGAUGCAGUAGUCGAUACCUCUGCGGCGGAGGAUACUAUCGACGAAGCAAUUGACGCACUCGCUAAGGACCGCGUCACGCUCCCCAUGCUCUCAGCCGCCGCCGUACUCUCAACCCCUGUAGUGCUACCAGCUGUCAGUAUGGCGGAAUACGUCGGAAACGCGAACCCGCUCCCAUGCGGAUACUGCUUCGUAUCCGAGCCAGAGCAGCAGUCAUGGUUUGGCCAGUGGCUCGUCAUCGUGCACUCCGCAGUCGUGAGCUCACCCGCUGGCGACAGCGCACACGAGUGAACAGUCGUGAUGUCCCCGGGUGGCACAUUUGCGGCGCUGUAGAUGGCCGUGGUCGGGCCUUGUAUCAGGGUGACCGGGCCGCAGGCAAAAUUCU